CUUGUUUUGUACAUGCUAUGUGUGACAUUGCAGUCAAGUAUAUGUGAGUGGGUGAUUAUCCACCGAACGGUUACAAGCACCCCACACCACCCCGUGCAUGUUUGGACUUUUUUCUAUUUCCGUAUCGUCGGCGUCGGCACCGAUUGCGAGGGGGGAGGGAAGGGGGGGCGCGCGCUCCACAAUGUUCCAGACCGUUUCUCGUCUCGAGACCAAGAAGAUGAAAAAAAUAAAGACGAAUACUUGAUUCCAAGAAAACAAAUAGGUAACCCCAACUUGUUGCUUGUUGUUGGGGGUUGGUUUUGUCCCACCGGCUUCUUUCUUAAUCGGGAAAUGCCGAAAACUUAUCCAUCUAUCCUAGGUAUCCAUUCUCCCCCACCAAACCAAACCAACCUAGUAACGGGUAUCCUGUCCCUCUCUUUUCAUUUCAUACAUGUUUGUGAGUUGGUUAGUUGGUUAGUUGAUUAAGGUAGAUAGGUACGUAGGCAGGUACGUAUUUACGCCCUAGUCCAAAAGCCAGACUCAAAGAAGAAAAGAAAAGAAAAAGAAACGUUAAUAAGAGGGCAUGGGAUGAAUAUUUCUGGUAUUUCAUCCGCGGGAGAUUAAGUCUUUGCUCUAUCUAUCUAUCUAUCUGUGAGUAUAUACCACAGAGGGGAAAAGGAAUGAAAAAAUCCGCAUGUGCCUUCAACAAAUCGCUUUUCCUAAUCUUCUUUCCCAAUCAUCAAAACUCUAUAUAUUAUUCUUAUGGAGGUUGUCGGGUAUCGCUUCAUGUGUUUCUUUGGUCCAACAC